CGCGGGGCGCGGCGCGGGGCUGCGGAGCCGGGCUGCACGCCCGCUCCCGCUCCCGCUCGCCGCCGCCGGCCCUCCCUCUUGGGCGCGGAGCCGCGGCCCCCAGCCUUCUCUGGACUGCGAUUUUGAAAGGGAAAGUGGCUCUUUCACCUCCCGGCUGCGAAGCGGGGAGCUUUUGUUUGGGAAGGGAUGCAAAGGGCCUUAUCCGACCCCCCACCUCCGGGCCGAAAGGAACGAGAGCGAGGCCUGAGAGGCUCCGAAGUCCUCUUGGGUCUUGCGCUUCGUUCCCUGCUUCCUCCCCAUCCCGAAGGUGCGAGCUUUCAACCGGGAAGUCGCGCCGCCGCCAUUGUCGCGGCUGCUCCGGGGUAGGGGAGGCGGCUGCCGCUGCUUAUGUAAGUUUGACUUUGCUGGAGCCCCCGCUCCCUGCUCUCUAACGGCGGCCCAGCGCGCCAGCGGUUUGGAGAACCACAAUAAAGGGGCAGCUUUGUUUGGAGGUGUAGUUGGGGCUACAUCUUUCCCUGCACCUACACAAAUACUGGCAACGGCCGUCUUCCAGUUUAACUCACCUGAACUUAGCAACUGGAACGUCUCAGCAGAAAGUAAUGGUCCUCGGCGGUCUUGCGAGAGAGUGGGGACCAAAUAUCACACAGCACCCUCCAUCCCACCAAAUUCAGCACCGUGGUGUGUCGCCAUGGGUACUGCAGGGCCACUCCUCUCCCUAGUCCCAUGCACUUUUAUCCCACAAGCCUUAGGGAGAGUUACAGCAGUGGGAAGCGACUAGGUAGGAAGGUUUUGCGUGGCUGCCUUCCCUUGGACAUGACUGCAGGCCGAGGUGCAUCGAAGGGACUGGCGGGGUCCGCAGCAACUCUUACUAGUAAUGUUGCCCAGCUCUCACAGUGUGCAGAUGAGAAACCCCCUGCUACUUUAGGCAGCUUAGGGGUGUGUUUGUUUUUCUGGGGAGGGAACUUUGGAGGGUUUUCAGAAUGUUGGUCUCUAAGUUCGGUUCUUGCACCACAAUUUUUGUGGAAGAAUAUUGCAGCUCAGUCCUUGGUUCUACCACACCGGAGUUUGCGUGCUCACUGUUCAGUCGAGGAAAGAUGUUUUUCAGAAUAUUGGUCUGCAGGAUGGAGUCCCUCUGAGCUGGACCUGAUGCUGCCAGUCACCCUCCUCUCUGUUCCCAACCUGAAAAUGGGUACAUGUGCAAGUGGCAGGACGAGAAAGGAAAGUUUAUUUUUUAAAAUCAAUUCUUGAAAAUAUUCUUGUUUAGAAUUUGGGAUGGAGGAAGGUCCUACCUUAUUCUUGUUUGUCCUUUUCUCUUGUAGGACUGGCGCAUCCCUGAUCAGAGUUAUUCUGAUCUGAAGAAUUUGGUGUUUGAAGCAUUAAGAUAAUAGCCUGAGUUGUUCAUGGAGUUUUUCAUCAGUAUGUCUGAAACCAUUAAAUAUAAUGACGACGAUCAUAAAACUCUGUUUCUGAAAACACUAAACGAACAACGCCUGGAAGGAGAAUUCUGUGAUAUCGCCAUUGUGGUCGAAGAUGUGAAAUUCCGAGCACACAGGUGUGUUCUUGCCGCCUGCAGCACCUACUUUAAAAAGCUUUUCAAGAAGCUUGAGGUUGAUAGCUCUUCGGUAAUAGAAAUAGAUUUUCUUCGUUCUGAUAUAUUCGAAGAGGUCCUGAACUACAUGUACACAGCAAAGAUUUCGGUGAAAAAAGAAGAUGUCAACCUAAUGAUGUCAUCGGGUCAGAUUCUUGGUAUCCGGUUUUUGGAUAAACUCUGUACUCAGAAGCGUGAUGUCUCCAGUCCCGAUGAAAACAACGGCCAGUCAAAGAGUAAGUAUUGCCUCAAAAUAAAUCGCCCCAUUGGGGAUGCUGCUGACACUCAGGAUGAUGACGUGGAAGAAAUUGGAGACCAGGAUGACAGUCCUUCCGAUGACACGGUAGAAGGCACCCCCCCGAGUCAGGAGGACGGCAAGUCGCCGACGACAACGCUCAGGGUUCAGGAAGCAAUCUUAAAAGAGCUGGGGAGUGAGGAAGUCCGGAAGGUAAAUUGCUACGGGCAGGAGGUAGAAUCCAUGGAGACCCCGGAAUCGAAAGAUUUGGGGUCCCAGACCCCUCAAGCCUUAACAUUUAACGACGGAAUGAGUGAAGUGAAGGAUGAACAGACGCCAGGCUGGACGACAGCCGCGAGUGACAUGAAGUUCGAGUACUUACUCUAUGGCCACCAUCGGGAGCAGAUAGCCUGCCAGGCGUGUGGUAAGACAUUCUCCGACGAAGGCAGGUUGAGGAAGCAUGAGAAACUCCACACGGCAGACAGGCCGUUUGUCUGUGAAAUGUGCACAAAAGGUUUUACCACACAGGCCCACCUGAAAGAACACCUAAAAAUCCACACAGGGUACAAACCCUACAGUUGCGAGGUGUGUGGAAAAUCAUUUAUCCGCGCCCCAGACUUAAAGAAGCACGAGAGAGUUCACAGUAACGAGAGACCUUUUGCGUGCCACAUGUGUGACAAAGCCUUCAAACACAAGUCCCACCUCAAAGACCACGAACGAAGACACAGAGGGGAGAAGCCCUUUGUAUGUGGCUCUUGCACCAAGGCAUUUGCCAAGGCGUCUGAUCUGAAAAGGCACGAGAACAAUAUGCACAGUGAAAGGAAGCAGGUGACCCCCAGUGCCAUCCAGAGCGAGACAGAACAGUUGCAGGCAGCAGCGAUGGCCGCUGAAGCCGAGCAGCAGUUGGAAACGAUAGCCUGUAGCUAGAGGUGAUGGGACAGGACCCCGCUUCGCCUGAGCCCCGGAGACUGAGACCGCAUUGUUCGUCGUACAUGAACGCCAGUCGCUGUAUUUUUGUGGACACUUACGGAGCGUUGUACUCGCUGGACUUAAGGCAGUGCUUGGUUAGGUAGUUUUAAAACUUUGCAAGGAAGUAAGGUUCCUUGGUUCCGACCAAACAGUGUCACUGUCCUGUCUGGUGUCUGGUGGUAAUGUCGCCAGUAAGUCCCCCUCCCUCUUUUUUACGAUUUUAAUUUGAGAACUCCUGUGUCCAGUUCAGAAGUAGGAGACUUCUGUUCCAUUUUUAAUUCCUCUCGACACUUGCUGCGCUGGUGAGUGUAUUGCACAGAGUGAUAAUUGAGUAAAUUGAUUUCCUGAUCAUCACGCUUAUUUGUGACUUCACAGUCAAAACAGCCUUUUUAAUAACUUAAUAAGAGUACUUCAUGUAGAUGCAGAAAAUACUGGUGGGUGGUUGACCAAGAACACCGCGUGGAUACGAACACAAGUUCCAGAAGUGCAGAAUGGCAUUAGAUUUGUAUUCGGUUUGUUAAUUUUAUAUCACUGGUUUUCACUAUUUUUGUGGACAAAUGAUGGUUGCUUUGCUAAAAUGUUUCUUCAUUUUGAUUGCCCGCACUUCCCCCAAAAGAUGUAGUCACAAGUCCCGAACACAAGGCUGAGCAAACCCACAGGGAUGAUGGUGGUCUGGGGGCUGAGUUCUUUUUGUUCCUCUCUUUUGGGGCAUUGUCACUCGGCGGCAGAUGCGGUUUGUGGGGUAGACCAGUUAUUAGAGGGAUAGCAAAGGGGGAAUAGGAACCUGCUCUCAGGGACGAGGUUUUCAUGUUUGCAACAAUUCCAAGAUUUUCUAGAUCAAAAUAAUUCUCAAUUGAUUUUUGAACUUGGAUUUUUAUUUAGGAUCAAAUUAGGACAAGAACAGGUAUGCUUCUUCGGAUACAUUUGUGUCACUUAAGAGAAUGUCAUCAAGCGUUUGGGCUCUCUGCAGCACGUGAUUUAUAGGAGAUGUAAUAUCGUUACUUAAAUUAAUAAAUUGAAAAUCUUUUAAGUGUGUAAAUAGUGUAGAAGUGUUGGUCUUAUGUAUUUCAAGUUAAAAGUAGACAGCUGCACUUUUUUUUUUUUUUUGCACAUUGGAUUAAAAUAACUUUCAUAAGCAGCAAACAUCAGUCUCUUUUUUAACCAAUAUUAAAGACUAUCAGACCAAAUUUUUAUUUUUUUGAAGUAUAUUUCAUCAUUGGUGGUUACAGUUUUAAGUAGAGUUUGGUUGCCAUUUCAUAGUCAUAAACAGAAUUAUAAACACUGUUCCAGUUUUGGUGUAUGCAAACUUUUUUUUUAACCAUUUCUUUAGGAAUAUAUUGAAAUGCCAAAAUAGUUUGAAUUAUGUUCUGUAAUAAAGUAUUAGUCAAUUAUUUUAGAAUGUACAAUUUUAGGAAAAUGUCAUUUUUCAAAAUUUAUUUUUGAUUCCUAGAACUUUUUUCCUCAAGAUACAUUAAAGUAAUUUCAUUUCAUACUUGUUGCAUUAACACCUGUAAUUGCUGUUACAGGAGAAAUUUUAUUUUUUAACUUGAUGUAUAUGUUGUGCCCAAGAUCAUAGGAUGGAGAUGCUACCUUUUAAAGAAAGUUAUUUAUUGGUAAAAUGUUUAGUUUAAAAUUAAUUUAAUCUUCUUUCUUAAAAGUCGUUUAUUCUGUCCUAAAAGUAGUCUUGUCACUGUGUUUAUAUGCUGUUAGUGGAAGGGGAACUGAUUGGCGCUCCUUGGCUGUUUUAACCAAAGCGGAGGAAAAAUAAUUUAACGUCUUGUCGAUAGCUACUACAACAAACCAUUUUUGGGGGCUUCAUUUUUGUAUAUAAAAGAAAAUAUACUUCUGUUA